CUAAGUCCUAACGAUUUCCUUACUUUCCCGAAAAUUAAAAAACAGACUGCGUGGUCAAAGGUUCCAGUCACUAAAAGAAGCAGUUGACGCAUUCAAAAAUGCCGUUUUGGAUCAGCCAGCAAACGAGUGGAAAAGUGCUUCGAAAAUUGUUUCGAGCGCAUGUAGAUAAGACUUCGAAAGACAAUAAAGUCAUUUAAAACUACCUGCCGUGUCGUUUUAUUUCAAUAUGCAAAACUUAAAAGACACC